AUGGUAAGGGAAAGUGUUGAAAUGGACAAGAGGAGUUAUGUUUUUGUGUUGAAAGGGUGUAGUGUUUUGGAGGGGGUGGGAGGUUCAGUGCAUUGUAGGAUUUGGAAAGUUGGAUUCUUCAAUGAUUUGAUUGUGAGGAAUGGUUUGAUUCAUUUUUAUGGAGAGAGCGGGAAAGUGGUCGAUGCACAGAAGGUGUUUGAUGAAAGUCCUGUAAGGGAUGUGGUUACCUGGACUAGCUUGAUUGAUGGGUAUGUGAAGAGGAAUAUGGUUGAUGAGGCAUUGGGGUUGUUUGAGUUGAUGUGUUCAAAUGGUGUUGAGUUUAAUGAUGUAACGAUGAUAACGGUGUUUUCUGCGUGUUCGUUGAAGGGGGAUUUGAGUUUGGGGAAAUCGGUUCAUGAACUCGUGGAGAAAAGAGGUGUGAAAUGCAGUCUUAAUUUGAUGAAUGCUGUAUUGGAUAUGUAUGUGAAGUGUGGUUGUUUGCCUAUGGCUAAAGAGAUUUUCGAUAAGAUGGAAAUAAAGGAUGUCUUUUCUUGGACAAGUAUGAUCCACGGUUAUGCCAAAAAUGGGGAGGUAGACAUGGCCAAAAAGUGUUUUAGUGAUAUGCUUGAGAGAAAUAUAGUUUCUUGGACUGCGAUGAUUGCGUGCUACUCGCAAAAUAAUAGACCUUGGGAGGCCCUUGAACUCUUUCAUGAAAUGGAGAAACAAGGUUUGGUUCCCAUAGAGAGCACUUUGGUUUCUGUGCUCUCUGCUUGUGCUCAAUCUGGUUCUUUGGAUUUUGCUCGACGAAUUCAUGAUUACUAUAUUAAGCAAAAACGGGUUAAAUACAGCGUGAUCUUGGCAAACGCAUUAAUAGACAUGUACGGCAAAUGUGGAAGCAUGGAUGUUGCUCGAGAUCUCUUUCACGAAAUGCCAGAAAGAGAUUUGGUCUCUUGGAAUUCAGUAAUCGUAGGAUGUGCUUCUCAUGGGCUCGCCGAGAAGGCCCUCAAUCUUUUUGAACAAAUGAAAUGUACGGGAUUCAAGCCCGAUAGCAUCACAUUUGUGGGUGUUUUAUCGGCAUGCGCUCAUGGUGGAUUGGUCAAUCAAGGCUGGGAAUACUUUAGGAGUAUGGAAUUAAAUGGAUUGUUGGCUGAGGUAAUACACUAUGCUUGCAUGGUUGAUUUACUGAGUAGAUCUGGGCAUCUGAAAGAAGCUUAUAAUCUUAUAAAACAAAUGCCAAUGGAACCCGAUAAAGCUGUUUGGGGUGCUCUGCUUAAUGGUUGUCGGAUGCAUGGAAAUGUUGAGCUGGCCAAGGUCGCUGCGGAGAAACUUAUAGAAUUAGAUCCUCAAGAUAGUGGUAUUUAUGUGCUUCUUGCAAGUCUGUGCGCAGAUGAGAGGAAAUGGGCUGAUGUUAGAAUGGUUAGAACUUUGAUGAGAGCUAAAGGCGUCAAGAAGAAUCCAGGAUAUAGUUUGAUGGAGGUCGAUGGUAAUUUUUACGAAUUUGUGGUUGCUGAUGACUCACACCCCCAAUCUCGGGCAAUAUAUAGAAUGCUCGAUGAGAUUAUGUUGCUCUCUAAAUUGGAAGAGUAUGUUUCUGAUGCGCAACCUGCUGAUGAAUUCUCUUGA